UUCGAAAAGUUUGAAAUCUUUUAUUCCAGACCGGAAAUGGCUGCUCAGCACUUACAUCAUGUUGAAAUAGGAGUAAAAAACUUGGAUUUAUCCCUGAAAGCAUUUACUGAACAGUUUCAAUUUGAAUUGAUAGCUACACGAGAAACCAAGGCAUCGAAACAAUGUGUGUUGAAAGCUGGUUCUUCAAUAGUUGUGCUCACAGACCUAAUGAAAAAUCAUAAAAUAAAUUUUACAAAAAAUGCAGACGAUGCAUCAGGGGUGAUAAUUGAUGAUUUCAUUUAUGACUGGAGUUCACAUUUUCAUCAAGUAACUUCAGACAAUAAUAGAGUUGCUAUUGAUUCGGUUUUCAAUGUUGCUUUAGAGGUAAAGAACAUCGAUAAAUGUAUUGCUAAUGUGACUCAAAAUGGGGGUGUCGUCCUACAACCUAACAAAUCCAUUUCUGACUCUAAUGGCAGAAUCAAGUAUGCAAUCAUUAAGUCCUGUAUUGGGAAUGUGACACACACUUUGCUCGAGACUAAGGAUUAUUCUGGUGUGUUCCUGCCUGGAUUUGAUAUAGAACAUCCAUUUGACAAUUCAGAAAGGAAAUCCAACCUAAUCACGCAUGUUGAUCAUGUUGCUUGUGUAGUGCCUAUUGGCUGUUCAAAUGCUGUACAAGAUUGGUAUGAACGAUGCUUCAAAAUGAAGCGAUUUGUUGUGAACAGUGAAGAAGAUAUUCUAGAUGGCUACGUUAUCAAGGACAUGGGGGUUGGUAUGAAACUGAUGGCACUGGAAUACUGGAAAUGUUCUGAGGUUGGUUUACAAUCUCAACAUGAAGAUGGUCUAAAAUUAGUUUUAGCAGAACCAUUACCCGGUGAAGGGACAAAUCAAUUGACUACGUUCUUAGAGGAGCACGGCGGGCCAGGUGUCCAGCAUAUUGGAUUUCUGACAAAUGACAUCACGGGCACUGUAUCCGUACUUCAGAAGCGUGGAGUGGACUUUCUACACCCACCCCAUACUUACUAUUCUGAGAUUGGUAAGUUAGAUGAGAUGCUCUCGGUAGGUGCUGAUGUAAAAGCCCUCGAGGAACUUGGAAUUCUACUCGAUAGUGAGGCUGAUGCAGAAAAUGAUAAGCAGAAAGCCAGGUACCUACUUCAAAAGUUUACAAAACCAAUAUUUGAUCGAAACACAUUCUUCUUGGAGAUAUUACAAAGAUGUGGAGCAACAGGAUUUGGUGCGGGGAACAUCUCUGCCCUCUGGCGGGCAGUCCAAGCUUUUCUUAGCGAAAAUAAAUUGGCAGAAAAUAAACAAUAAACACAACCUAUGAGAAUACAAAAAAUAGAUCUUCCAAGAUGUACUGGUUAGCUUCCGAUGUAAUGGUUGUGCUUCCAUUUUAUAGAGUUUGAUGGGAUCUGAUUGACUUGAAUCUCACAUAUUCAUUAAGAAUAUUUACACUUACACACUGUAUGAAAAGCUGAUCCAAAACCAACAAGGUUUGAUAGAUCCACAUGUAUUUUGAAUCUCACAAUAUUUUCACUUUCAUAAUAUUUACACUCACAAUAUUUUCACAUUCAUAAUAUUUACA